AUGAUUGGGAUUUAUAUGCUGAUAGCCUCAGCUUCAAUAUCGCCUUAUGCAUCAGCCCAUGCACAAAGUCAUCAACAUAAUGCCCAAGGCAAUGCUCCUCUGAUUAAUCCCCUAGCUUUCCAUACCUACGACUUUGUCCCAGGUCUCAAAAGCCAUCUUCUCUUCAUGGGAACAUCGUCAAACUGGUCCUUCAACAGAAGAGUUCUGACAAUGACACAUGAGCGCAUCAAAGGAACAGCAUUACCUACUCACAACCUGCAUUUCUCAGGACUUGAAGGAAAGAUAUUCGACUUCAAGUGGGAUGGGACGAGGAAGACACCUGGGGAAGCACCCGACAUGAGCUCGCUUCCCACCAAGGACUUUGCCCUAUAUCUCAUCAAUUCAGUCAAAUUCCACUGCGGAUGGCUAUAUAGUCUAUUCGACGAAGAUCUCUUCAUGGAACGAUUCCACCGCUUCCAUGAACAUCCUGCAGAGUACUCACGAGCCGAACCUCUCUGGUUUGUUCAUUAUAUUCUCGUCGUAGCGCUCGGAAAGGCCUUCGUGGUUCAAUCGACCAAAUCUAGACGUCCUCCUGGUGGGGACUUGUUCAUACAUGCUAUGAAGCUCAUGCCGGACUUUAGCUUCUUCGACUGCAAUAUCAUAGACGAGAUGCAAGUCCUCUGUUGCGCUGCUAUCUACCUACAUUCCGUUGAUCACAUUCAACAGGCCCACCGUCUGUCUACUGCUCUUGACAAAUCUUAUGUCGAUAAAUGCCGGCAUAUGUUCUGGACCAUCUACAUCCUCGAACGCCAGAUGGGCUCUCUGAUGGGACUCCCAUUGAGUAUAUCUGACGAUGUUAUAAGCGCGCGUUUUCCGGCCUUUCCAGGACAGCCAGAAAAACUGGAGGCUCUCAAGAUACAUGUCGACUUUUGCAGAGUGCUUGCCAAGAUAGACCAGACUGUGUAUGGGCUCGAAGGAAAACUUGACAGUCGAUUCAAUCGAGUGAAGGAAUGGCUGGGAUCUCACGAAUAUCAGCUCAUCUUCAUCUUCUACAGCACCAAACUGGGUCAUCUAGAGGUAGCUCUCAUGCAUUGGCUACAAUCUGAGAGCGUAAUGGGUCUUGUCCAGAUGUGUACCGAGUCCGCUCAGCAGAUCCUCAGAAUUCUCUCGAGCCUGUCUGACCAGGGGCUACUAGAAACAUUUCUACGCUUCGAUCAUGAUGCAACCUUUACCGCUACUAUCGCACUACUCAUGGCGGCUGCGAUCGACUCAUCUCUAUUACCAGAUCAUUCUCCAUGGACACAACGUGCCUACGCCAUCUUUGACGAGAUGGGCUCUCGCGGUAACCCCGUAGCCAACAUGGUUGCAUCUGAACUGCAGCAGUUGGAAGGGUUACUCCAAGAGUUUCUCGUCCACAGUGAUUCAAGAACCUUGGUUGCAGCACAGAGCCAUGGCACUCCACGAGAAGGGCUAGCUGACGACAUAGAUGCAACCACAGCAACUAUUGCUGGGUACAAUGAUCCGUUCAAUCUAGAUUCUGGUGAUGAUUUUGGGCUAGGAUUGAGCUAUGAGCUCAGUGCAGAGCAGCUGCUCAAUGUUGCCAAUUCUUUGGAUAUUGAUAGUUUGACAUGGCCAUGGCCUGAGGACCCAAUGGUCGAGGAUAUGGAGGGAUCUUAG